AUGUACAGUCCAUACACCAUGACAGAAAGCGAGCCACCUGUUCAGAGAAAACCACAUGCCCCAUGGGUGGAAGAGAACACAUUUUCCAGACACGAAGGAUAUGUAGAUCAACAACAAUAUGACCAGGAUGUACAGUGGAAUUCAUCAUACAAGAAUGAGAACAGACAAUACAUAGACAAUGCAUACAUAGACCAUGGCCAGUUUACAGACAGUACUGCUACAAUACUGCAACAGACCAAAGAUGAAUUUAGUGCCACAAAGAGCCACCAAUAUCCCAGAAGUGAGGUGUUUACUACAAAUGACCCCAAUAAGAUGCAAACAACAUGGCUAGCUAAAGCAGAGCUAGCUAAAGCAGAACAAGCUAAAGCAGUGUUAGCGAAAGCAGAACCAGUGAAAGCAGAGCUAGCUAAAACUGAGUUAGCUAAAGCUAAAGUAGCGCAAGCUAAAGCAGAAUUAGCUAAUGCAGAGUUAGCUAAUGCAGAGUUAGCUAAAGCUCAAGCAGAACAAGCUAAAGCAGAGAAAGCGAAAGCAGAGCUAGCAAAGGCAGUGUUGGCUAAAGUAGAGAAAACUAAAGCAGAGUUAGCUAAAAUGGAACAAGCUAAAGCAGAAUUAGCUAAAGCAGUGUUGACUAAAGCAGUGAAAGCUAAAGCAGAGUCGGCUAAAGCAAAACAAGCUAAAUUAGAAUCAGCUAAAGCAGAGCAAGCUAAGGCAGAGCUUACAAAAGCAAAGAAUAAUGAACCUGCUAAGUACAGUUCAUGGUCAGCCAGUGAGGACAGAUACGGUAUACAAUACAUCAUCACUACCAGAGAUUAUGAACAGGUGAAGAGAGAGCGACUGAGAGAGGAAAAGUAAAGUGUCAACGAAGCAGUUCCAGCAACAGAUGACAAACUCACCAAUCAGACCAUAUCUGGAAAGGCAGAGAACAAAACACUCCAACAGAAAGAUGUCUCUCCCAUCAGCAGGUAUGAAAGGGCAGACAAGGGGGAGAUGACUACAACAGCGAGAGAGAGAAAUACGGGUUCAGUCAUACAGUUUCAGCCAAGGAAAACAAACAGCCCUCUAAGGAUGCAGCUACAACAGAUGAGAGUAAAAAGACUCAGAAUGAUGCACUUGCCACUAAUAAACAUGAAACGGCAAUAAGAACUGGCAGAUAUACAAAGGAUGAAAGUAUCUCCAACAUCAGACACGGCACAACUAGAGCAGAAGAACAAGAGCAGGGAGAUAAGAGAGAGAAACAUGAGCGAGGGAGUGAGGGUCAAUGGGUUUAUAGUGAGUCAUCCAAACAAUUCAAACUGGCCAGUCAGAUUGAGAGUAAGACUAAGCCAGCUGAGCAGACUGUAGAAACGAGUAAUGACGUCCAUCCGUCCUCAUUCAGAGCUUUGUCACUAAAAGAGAAAGGCCAGACCAAGCAAGAGAUAUUGACGUCAAAACUGAAGGCCCAAGCUGAAAAGGAGAUCUCAGCCAUCAAAGAGAAAGGUUUUGGUAAACGAGAUGGACUCUUAUCGAGAAACCCCACCAAGCACCUGGAACACAGACAGAGGUCAGAGUAGACAGGAAGUGAAAAAUUAUCCAUCCAGGGUUGAAAAAUAAACAAACAAAGGCCAACUCAGCAUCAGCAAGGAAACACCUCAUUCACAACAUAAAGAACCAGCUAAAACUGAAGGAUCUGCUGUCAAUGAUGGUCAACAGUCAACAGCACCACUGGAACAGGCCAAAAACAGGUCAAAGGUCAGUGAUGUAACUGAAAAGGAAGUGCAUCAGUCAAAGAAGGAGGAAAGUAAAAAUGAGGCAAUCAAAAUUCUCUUAAACUUGUUCUUGGCGAGAGUGAGGCAGUUUCAGAUGAUGACAGUUUGCAGAUCAUGGGGAUAAUGGUGACCAUAAAGAGAACCCUCAGUGGAUGAAGAUGACGUUUUUACUCCACAACAACCCACCCCAGUAAAAGAUAAGGUAAACAGGGAAGAAGAGGCAAUUAUUUCCAAUAAAAAUCUACUCACCUCAGACCAACAACAAUUGACUCAUCCAGCCAUGGCUCCCAUUGCAGAUGAAAGACUUUCAGAUAAUGAAGCAAAAUCAACUGUAACAAGCAAUAGGGAAUACAUUACAUUUGCUGAGCCUGUAAAUCCAGAAAAGGCCAGAGUUAGACAGCAAACUCAGCUGCCAGAGGGAAACCACGAAGGUGCACCUGAAACCAUGAAGAUAGAUCCUGAAUAA